CCAAUAAAACCCAAACCCAAAAUUCCAUUUCCCUCCAUUACUUUAUAGUUAUUACCUUUUCCCUCCGUUUUCCCUCUCAAUUGUGCCUGGCAAACAACACCAGGAUCUCUCAGAAAUAUUUUAUAGUAUUACCGGUGGAUUUGUGUGUAAGUUGAUUCCAAUAGAUAGCAAUGAAGUUUAAGGCGUUUCUUACGGACAAUGGUAUUAGUCUCUUAGAGAAGAGGUUCUUACCUGCCCUAGAUAAAAUGGGAAAGAUUUGUCAUCUUUAUCUUACCCGAGACCAUGCUUUUUUCCUUCACAAUCUCCUUAAUGGUGAUGGUAUUCAGUCCAUUGCUCAGUUUAGGAAGGAGGCCCUUUUUGAUGACUAUCGGAUUUCCAGCCAGAAUGAAGAUCGUAUUGCAUUUGCUGUUGAUCUUUCUCUCCUCCAUCGAGCCCUACGUAGUGUCGUCACCAUCUAUGCAGAAUUUGGUGCUGAUGGUGGUGCUGCUGCUGUUCCACCCUCGAACCGCCUUCAGAUUAAACUUGUGAAGAAGCUUCCUCCUCACUCUCAGCAGGCAAUGCCAUUUCUCACUUUCGAGACUAAGGGUUACAAAUCUGCUGUGAUACAAGAUGUGCCCAUCUCUAAGCCUUUGUCAAGAACUGAUGUACUCGAACUUCAAGCUGCUCUUGAUUCAGCUCAAGAUUUGCCUCAAACUCUAGUGCAAGUUCCUGAUAUGAAUCAGUUACAGACUUUUGUUGAUCGGAUGAAGCAUGUUGGGGACCCGAUCAGCAUGUCUAUCAGCAAAUGUGGGGACCUCCAUCUGCAGAUUUCUACUACUUUAAUAACACUUGGUGCUGAAUUCCGGAAAUUGUUGGUUAUAGGGGAGAAAGCACAGGUUCCAGCUGAGGAUCGAAAUCUGACUGCUCAGUCUCGUAGUGAAAGGGCUAUACUGAGAGGAGAUGCAAUGUCAGUCCAAGUGAGUGUAAAGCACUUCUCUAAGAGUCUACAAUGCCAUUUGGCAAAACCUGAUUGUGCUUUUUAUGGGAUUGCUCCACAAGGUGCUUGCUUAACUGUGAUUUUCCAGUUCUUUAUUCCGGGUACACAUCAAACAGAUAAAUCAAUCAGUCUGCAUUGCCGGCUUCCUGUGCUUGACCCCGGUUCUGGGUAAAGACCAAGUUGGGAACCUCUUAAAAUUUUCUAUUCUACCUUUUUUAAUUAAUGUGAUUAUUAGACCAACUGUUAUAGCUCAUAAUCUUAUUAAACAUUUGUAAGCUGUGAUUAUUUCUCUCCUAGAACUCUUGCUUCAUAUUUUGUAAUCUCGUUUUUUUUUUUUUUCUGGAUUGUGUUUAGUCACAUGAAAUUCAAUUCAAAUGAUAGAUUUCAAAUGA